AUGUUGAUCAUCACCGUAGUGCUGGCCCUCCUCUGGCCGUCCGCCGCUACGCAACACGCCAAUGUACGCGAGGACCCGAACCCGUUGCUUCGCGUACAACCCACGCUGGAAUGCCUCCCCGACGGGAUGCGCCUUCACCUCAGCCCGAUUGGCCCAUUUUCCGGUCAUGUCUACGUCAAGGGAUACUUUAAUGCGCCGCCGGAAAGUUGUCAUCUCGACUAUUGCCGAGCGCCAGUAACUUCACCGUUUUAUAUUCACAUACCUUAUAAGGGGCAUUGUAUGGUAUCGACGCAGAAAACGGCGAAUCCCCCCGGCCUCAACUACCAGGUCACUGUCAUCGUCCAACACCAUCACUUCUUUGUCACGGCAGGAGACCGUGCCUAUCGUCUCAACUGCCUCUACGAGGAGAAACCAGUGACUUUACGGCAGCAGGUCAACGUCAAAGAAAUGCAACCGACAAAUCUUGGCGGGACAGCCGGCGCCUCGCAUUGUCGCUAUGACGUUUUGGGAGAUGGGGUGGAUGGGGCGAGAGUACGGCUCGCUUCGAUCGGACAGCCGAUUGUGCAUAGGUGGACUUGUAAUAAUGAAGACGUCGGCUUCCUCGUCCAUUCCUGCAGUGUCAAAGAUGAACAGGGAAAAGACUAUGAACUGGUCGACGAUCGAGGAUGUCCGAUAGAUGGUUCGAUUGUGCCGGCCUUGGAAUACUCGGUUGACCUGCACACGGUCCACACUACCAUUAAUGCUUUUCGAUUCGCUGAUCAGCUACUGGUCCACUUCAGCUGCCAGCUAACCCUCUGCGAAAAGCGGGACAACGGCUGCGAGGGCAUUGUGCCGCCGACUUGCCACCCAAUUCCACUCAACAUCCCGCUGAAAACGACGUAUCGAAAACCGGAAAAACAACCCGAAUUCCCGGUGAGUCCGCAUCCGGAAGAUAAACCGGAAGAAGUGGGAUGGACAGACACUGAGGGGUCGUUCACCCGAAAAUUGGCCGCCGUCCGCGACGCUGAAGUCAUUUCGACGACGAAGCCGGCCUCGAAAAUACUCACCGGACACCUCGUGCAAAGAUACCACCAAAUGCAACGCGAAGAGGCCGAGAAAAAAGCCGCGGUUGAACAGCUUUUGGCUCAAAUCACGACCACCUUCCCAACGCCUACCACCCUGGAUGAAGCGUUUGAGAUGCCGAAGACUACGCAUUACCGGGCCGUCAGAAAAACCAGGGCGAAUUCAACGACUUCGUCAAGUUACGAAACGCUGGGCCGGGGGACCGCCUUCGAAACGACCAUCAUUUCAGCCAGAAUUCCUGCCGACAAUGAAAAGCGUCUGGAAUCUCGGACGACACGGCUGGCCAGGAAUUUAGACCCUAGAAACCCUGUAAAAACAAUCACGAUUGGAGUCGAAACCGGACCGCUACUCGUCGUUUCUUCUGAAGAGGGUUUCCCCACCCAGAAAUCACGCCGUGAAGCCGCGAACGACACCGAAGAAGCCGAGCCCGCCAAGCAGUCAAUGCCAUCCGAUUGUCCGCAUCUCAUAUUUUCCCAAUUCAUUGCCACCCUGAUCUUCACCCUCCUCCAACUCGCCACCCUCAGCGUCAUCCUCACGAUGGCGCAAUACGAGCAAGCAUGGGCCCAAUACUACGCUCAACAGGCCGCCAACGCUGAUCCGAGCGCCGGCGCUGCCGCCCAGGCUCAAGGAGGAGGCGCCGCUGGUGCAGAUCCGUUCCAGUACUCUGCUUACUACGCCCAACAAAACGGAGCCGCCAAGCAAGCCGGAGGUGGUGGUGGUGGCUACGAUGAUGCUGGAUAUGGAGACAAGUGGUAUGCGAUAGAAAUGUCAACGGCGGCGCAACUAGCUGGUGGGGACCACGUGCGGAGCGUGAUGAGCGGCAAGACGCAGCGGCGUAUGAAUGGGGAGAACGAGCCGCUGCAACGUUUCGCCGACGCCAAGAAGGUGUUAGGCGAAAUUUACAACGAUUUGACGAGAUAUGUCGACGAGACGGAGGGAUUUUAUGAUGAACUCGACAAGAAUCAACCUUCGAUUGUGGCUGCUGAAUCGCGAGAUGAGGUCCAAGAGAUUCGAGCUUCGAUCAAGACCAUCAUGGAGACUUUCCAGCGCGACAACAUGAAGGUCGUCUUUUUCGGAAGGACCUCGAAUGGCAAAUCUACAACCAUCAACGCGAUGCUCCACCAGAAGAUAUUGCCCCAGGGCAUGGGCCAUACUACUUGCUGCUUUCUUCAGGUCCAAGGCACGACCGAUGAACAGGGAUUCCUGCUCUCCGAGGGCACCUCGACACCGAUUCCGAUGUCACAGCUGGGAAAGAUCGGUGACGCGUGUUCGGCCGACAAUGCCGAUCUGCCGGCGAUGGGGCAGGAUUCGUUGCUCAAAAUCAUGCACCCGAAGAAGGACAAUCGUCUGCUGCAAAAUGAUGUUGUGAUAUUGGAUAGCCCCGGUGUCGACCUCUCCCCCGAGUUCGACUCGUGGAUUGACAAGCACUGCCUCGACGCCGACGUCUUCGUGCUCGUCUGCAACGCCGAGGCCACUCUGACCCAGGCUGAAAAAUCGUUCUUCCAUCGCGUCAGCAAGCGCCUCUCGAAACCGAACGUCUUCAUCUUGAAUAAUCGCUGGGAUGCCAGCGCUGCGGAGCAGGACAGCGUUGAUCAGGUCCGAACACAGCACCUCACCCGCUUCAAGCAGUUCUUGGUCGAUGAAUUACAAGUUUGCGCGACGAGCGAUGUCCCGAAUCGUGUCUUUUUCGUCAGUUCCCGCGAAGUGCUGGACGCCAGGCUGAAGGCCCGUGGGGUCAUCCAGAAAGCCUUCGAGAUGGAGGGCUUCCAGAAGCGCGCCUACGAAUUCACGCAGUUUGAGCGCCAGUUCGAGCAGUGCAUCUCAAAAUCGGCAAUUCGGAGCAAAUUUGAGGCACAUUCUCGGCGCGCCAACGAGUUGGUGCACAGAGUGCGUGACAAUGUCGAUCAUGUCUUUACAAGCGCCAACGACAAAAAGGAGCUGAUGCAAAACGAGUUGAAAGAAAGCACGAACGAGUUCAACGCUUGCCGCGAGAAUUUUGCCGCAUUUGAGAAGGCCUAUCGGGAGCAGUCGGAAAUGCUGCGGGCUGAGGUCCAUUUGAAGGUUUCGGCAGAUUUCCACGAAGAAAUCCAACGACUUUCUGCGAUCAUAGACAAGUUCAAUCGACCGUUCCUGGACUCGCCUAAAGACAUUAAUGCCUACAAAACGGAGCUGGCGCUUUUUGUUGAUUCGAUGAUUUCCCAAGAGCUAGAAGCGAGGUGCACCGGCGGGCUGAUGAGCCGCAUUUGGUCGCUGGAGAAUGAGAUGUUUGUCUACGUCAAGAAGAUUCUGGCCGAAGCGUACCAGCCAAAGCUCGAAGAGGUGUGGCGUUACCGUGCCCCGUUCAAGUUCUCGAUUUGCGUCGACGUCCCAUCGCUCACCAACGAUUUCCACGAGGAUUUGGAGUUCCGAUUCUCGUUCGGUCUAUCUGCAAUCAUCCGAAAAGUCAUCGCGUAUCGUAGCGGUCAGCCCGUGACGGCCAUUCAAAACAACCUGCUGGCCACCGCAUUGUCCUCAAAGACCUCCAAUGGAACGUCGACCCCAGCAACCCCGAUCCAGCAGAGGGAGGAUAAGAAGGCUGCCGAAUCCGAGGAACAGCAGAUGAUGACCAACAUUGUGCUCUCUUCAGCCGCCUACGUCGCGAAUGGCGGAAUUGGGGUGGCUAUCGUUGGCGGACUGCUCUAUAGGGCGGUCGGCUGGAAGGUGAUCCUCGGGGCUGGAGCGGCUUACGGUGGUCUCUACGCCUUUGAGCGCUUCCGCUGGAACAACUCGAAGAAGGAGCAACACUUGAAGGACCAGUACCGUUCCCACCUUGAUGCGCGAAUGCGGCAAGUCGCCGCUGCGCACACCAACCAUUGCGAGACCCAAGUCAUCCGUGAAAUGGAGCAAGUGUACGAUGGGCUCCGCGCUACGGUGGCCGGCGUGCAUCGCGAGAUGAAGGGCGACCUCGAGUCGGCCCAGUCGAAGAUCAACGUGCUCGACCAUCAGCUCAAGGGGCUUUCUGCCAUCAAGGGCAAAACGACGUUCGUGCUCAGCGGCCUCGAGCAGUUCUCCACCAACUUCUUCCACCCGGACUCGCCGUCCCAA